AUGUUCUACAUGCAUUUGCUGGUCAACAAGCGCGGGCCGUUAGCCAAAAUAUGGCUAGCUGCCCACUGGGAGAAGAAGCUCACCAAAGCUCAUGUGUUUGAGUGCAAUUUAGAGACUACUGUUGAAAAGAUGAUCUCGCCCAAGUUUACAAUAGCUCUGCGAACCUCUGGACACUUACUCCUUGGAGUGGUGCGGAUUUACCACAGGAAAGCAAAGUACCUCUUGGCAGACUGUAGUGAGGCUUUGACAAAAAUGAAGACAUCCUUUCGCCCAGGACUUGUUGACCUUCCGGAAGAUAACUUUGAGGCUGCUUAUCAGUCCAUUACAUUACCUGAAGAAUUUCAUGAUUUUGAAACACCACUACCUGACCUAAAUGCCAUUGAUGUUGCUGAACAUUUUACCUUGAAUCAGAGCAGAGCUGAAGACAUCACACUUACAGAGGAUUACGAAAGCAAUAUACUUCUCUGUGAUAGAAGCUUUGAUGAAGAACCACACGCACUGAGAAAACAGAGCUUUGACAUCAGCAUCGCAAUGAGCGGUAACAGUCUUGUGGCUGAUCCCGACUCAGCGAGUGUGAGUGGAGACAGGUCUGCGCUGCAUGAAGAUACUUAUUGUUUUGAGCACGACUGUUUUGGAGAUGAGGAGAAUGCUGCAGAUAUGAUUGAAAUCCUGUUGAGGGAUGAGCAAAAUGGCCUAGAUAAAGACAUUCCUGAUAAGGAGGAAGAACGUCCUUUGUCACCAGACCUACCAGAGAACAGUGCAGACAUUGAGUCCAACGGUGCAGACACCACGAACAAGACAGUCAGUCAUCCAAUGGACGAAACAACGCUUUUGCUGAGAGAAGAAGAGGGAUUUGUGCUUGAGCCAGUUGACAAUACAGCUGUCACCCAGAGGAAAAAAAAUAAAAGAAAGAGGAAGUUGCUUGUGGAUGUACAGAAGGAACUCAGCUGCAACACUAUAUACAACCAACUUAACAACUACACGGACAUCCUUACUACCUUAGACCUUGCACCCCCAACAAAAAAAACAAUGAUGUGGAAGGAAUCAGGAGGGGUGGAUAAACUCCUGUCCCAGGCUACACAGCCAGUGGUUCAUGAUGACCUCCAAAUGUUGUUUGCAAGAUGCUUCAAGAGUCACGGAUUUAAGAUGAGAAGAAAGGGAAUGUGGAGGGAGUCUGAAACAGAAGAAACAAGAAAAGUGCAAGAUACUACAGAGAUGCUGAUAGUGGAAGAACCAAGUUAUCUGCAGGAGUCAGCUCAUCCGGAGACCAAGAGAAAAAAUAGAAAUUAUUCAUUUGUGUUGACAUCACUGAAUAACAGAAAUGAAACUGCUGAUAACUGUGGUGAAACUAUACAGGAUGGAGCGGCUCUCUCUGAGAGCUCCUCACUGGCCAACAAUCCCCUGGGCCAAGAAGCUGAAGCACAGCAACCUGAGCUACCAAAUGAGCUAACAAGGAAUGGGAAAGACAGUGAAGAAAAAAGGUGGAGCAGAAGAACUCUUCAGUUAUUAAUAACUUUACAGCACCUGAAGAGAUCAGGCAUGCAUUCUUUCAGUUUACGGGAGCUCUGUCGGAAAAACAACCGGAAAGAAGCUGCGGCCAAGUUUUACAUCUUCCUUGUUCUAAAGAAGCAGUUGGUUAUUGAGCUCAGUCAGAGCGCACCCUUCGCUGACAUUACGGCCACCCUCGGCCCAAUGUUCCGUGCUCACUGA